CGCCGCCAGUAUGGCUGGGCCAUGGCGGCGAGCACAGGUUACGUGCGGCUGUGGGGCGCAGCCCGCUGUUGGGCCCUGCGGCGGCCACUGCUGGCCGCUACCGGGAGGCGGGUCCCGUCCGCGGCCGGAGCUUGGUUACCCAGAGGCCGGCAGCCCUGCGACGCCUCGCCUCCUUGGGCGCUUUGGAGCCGAAGCCCGGCGGCCGCGGGCCAGUGGCGAGCGCUUUGGGAGGCGAGCAGCCGCGGCCUCGGGUCUUUCUCGGGCGGCGAGGACGCCUCCGACGGUGGCGCGGAGGAAGGGUCUGGGGGCACGGGGGGCGGCUCAGGCAGCGGGGAAGGGCCGGUCAUAACGGCACUCACGCCCAUGACGAUCCCGGACGUGUUCCCGCACCUGCCGCUCAUCGCCAUCACCCGCAACCCGGUGUUCCCGCGCUUUAUCAAGAUCGUCGAGGUUAAAAAUAAGAAGCUGGUUGAGCUGCUGAGAAGGAAAGUUCGUCUAGCCCAGCCCUAUGUCGGCGUUUUCCUAAAGAGAGAUGACAACAAUGAGUCUGACGUGGUGGAAAGCCUGGACGAGGUCUACCACACGGGCACGUUCGCCCAGAUCCACGAGAUGCAGGACCUCGGGGACAAGCUGCGCAUGAUCGUCACGGGCCACAGAAGGAUUCGUAUCAACAGACAGCUGGACGUGGAGCCCGAGGAGCCCGAGGGGGGCAACAAGCAGAAGCGUAGGAAGGCCAAGCGUGGCAAGAAGGAGGCAGAGGAGGACCCUGUCGCCAAGCUGCAGCUGGAGGUGGCUGCUGAGCCCGCCGACGCCCUCAACGAGGUGCUCAUGGUAGAAGUUGAGAACGUGGUCCAUGAAGACUUCCAGGUCACGGAGGAGGUGAAGGCCCUGACCGCUGAGAUCGUGAAGACCAUCCGGGACAUCAUCGCCUUGAACCCUCUCUACAGAGAGUCAGUGCUGCAGAUGAUGCAGGCGGGCCAGAGGGUGGUGGACAACCCCAUCUACCUGAGUGACAUGGGGGCUGCGCUCACUGGAGCCGAGUCCCACGAGCUGCAGGAUGUGCUGGAGGAGACUAAUAUCCCCAAGCGGCUGUACAAGGCCCUCUCCCUCCUGAAGAAGGAGUUCGAGCUGAGCAAGCUGCAGCAGCGCCUGGGCCGUGAGGUGGAGGAGAAGAUCAAGCAGACGCACCGCAAGUACUUGCUGCAGGAGCAGCUGAAGAUCAUCAAGAAGGAGCUGGGGCUGGAGAAGGAGGACAAGGAUGCUAUCGAGGAGAAGUUCCGUGAGCGGCUCAAGGAGCUGGUGGUGCCCAAGCACGUGAUGGACGUGGUGGACGAGGAGCUGAGCAAGCUGGGUCUGCUGGACAACCACUCCUCCGAGUUCAAUGUCACGCGGAACUACCUGGACUGGCUCACGUCCAUCCCGUGGGGCAAGCACAGUGAUGAGAACCUGGACCUUGCGCGUGCACAGGCCGUGCUGGAGGAGGACCACUACGGCAUGGAGGACGUCAAGAAGCGCAUCCUGGAGUUCAUUGCUGUCAGCCAGCUCCGAGGCUCCACCCAGGGCAAGAUCCUUUGCUUCUAUGGCCCCCCAGGUGUGGGCAAGACCAGCAUCGCCCGCUCCAUUGCCCGUGCCCUCAACCGCGAGUACUUCCGCUUCAGUGUGGGCGGCAUGACUGACGUGGCCGAGAUCAAGGGGCACAGGCGGACGUACGUGGGGGCCAUGCCUGGGAAGAUCAUACAGUGUCUGAAAAAGACCAAGACGGAGAACCCCCUGGUCCUCAUAGAUGAGGUGGACAAGAUCGGCCGCGGUUACCAGGGCGACCCCUCAUCGGCACUGCUGGAGCUGCUGGACCCCGAGCAGAACUCCAACUUCCUGGAUCACUACCUGGACGUGCCCGUGGACUUGUCCAAGGUACUGUUCAUCUGCACGGCCAACAUCACCGAGACCAUCCCCGAGCCCCUGAGGGACCGCAUGGAGAUGAUCAACGUGUCGGGCUAUGUGGCCCAGGAGAAGCUGGCCAUUGCGGAGCGGUACCUGGUGCCCCAGGCCCGCGCCCUGUGCGGCCUGGAUGAGGCCAAGGCCAAGCUGUCGUCGGAGGUGCUGACGCUGCUCAUCAAGCAGUACUGCCGGGAGAGCGGCGUGCGCAACCUGCAGAAGCAGGUGGAGAAGGUGCUGCGCAAGUCGGCCUACAAGAUCGUGAGCGGCGAGGCCGAGACGGUGGAGGUGACGCCGGAGAACCUGCAGGACUUCGUGGGGAAGCCUGUGUUCACGGUGGAGCGCAUGUAUGACGUGACGCCACCGGGCGUGGUCAUGGGUCUGGCCUGGACCGCCAUGGGCGGCUCCACCUUGUUCAUCGAGACCUCCCUGCGGCGGCCGCUGGACAGGGAGGGCAAGGGGGACAAAGACGGCAGCCUGGAGGUCACGGGCCAGCUGGGAGAGGUGAUGAAGGAGAGCGCCCGCAUCGCCUACACCUUCGCCCGCGCCUUCCUCAUGCAGCACCACCCGGCCAAUGACUUCCUGGUGACCUCGCACCUACACCUGCACGUGCCCGAGGGCGCCACCCCCAAGGACGGCCCCAGCGCAGGCUGCACCAUCGUCACAGCCCUGCUGUCCCUGGCCUUGGAGCAGCCAGUGCGGCAGAACCUGGCCAUGACUGGUGAGGUGUCGCUGACCGGCAAGAUUCUGCCUGUGGGCGGCAUCAAGGAAAAAACGAUCGCGGCGAAGCGCGCAGGCGUGACUUGCAUCGUGUUGCCGGCCGAGAACAAGAAGGACUUCUACGAUCUGGCAGCCUUCAUCACCGAGGGCCUGGAGGUGCACUUCGUGGAGCACUACAGUCAGGUCUUCGGCAUCGCCUUCCCCGGUCCCGAACGGCGGGCCGAGGCGCUGGCCGUGGAGCGGUGAUGUCCGGCCACGGCCGGAGGGACACUGACCUCGGCCCCCGCGGGGCUGCAGCCCAGGGACAGAGCGGCGCCCAAUCAUGGCGCGGCGCGCCCGGGCCCCUGUAUUUAAUCAUGAGUAAAGACGCCUUUACACA